CCCCCUGUAACAGCCUCGUGGGUUCUGGAAGCAUGGGGAGAUGCUCUAGGGCGUAUCACACACCGGUGUUUCUGGACUAAGUCUCCUUCCAUAAAGGCUAAGUCUCCUUCCAUAAAGAAGUGGAGAGGAACUGUUUCUGUGGCACGGAGACUUGAGUGGCAGGGCUUUGCCAUGGGACGUGGAGACAUAGUCUCUCACAGAGAGAAGAGAAUGCAGGGGACAUGGGUCUUUGACUGGGGCAGUGGGCCAGGACCCCUGUGGUGAUUUUUUUAAAGAGCGCUUACCCGCUGCAGUAGAGUGGAUUCCGACUCAUAGCGACCCUGUAAGACAGAGUAGAACUGCCCCAUACGGUUUGCAAGGAGCACCUGGUGGAUUCGAGCUGCUGACCUUUUGGUUAGCAGCCGUAGCUCUUAACCACUAUGCUGCCAGGGUUUCCAAAGCGAGCUUAUACAUGUUCAAAUCAGUCAUGCAAGUGUGUUUUAAUGUGGGCACAUGUUCCUGAGGCCAUGGGAACUGAUGAGACUGUGGGGAAAGGGACACUUCCUCCUCUGCUCAUGUGCACAAAACCCUGCCCCAGCAAAUCCUCCAGUCCUGCCCAACCCACCAUGGGCUCCAGGCUCCACCGCUGGGUGGCCCUCUGCUUCCUGGGGGCAGGUGAGUCCCUGGACACCAAUGUGUGUGGUGUGUGUGCCUGUAUGGUAUGUGUGUAUGCACAAUAUAUGUGGUGUGUAUGUGUGUGUGCAUGUGUGGUUUGUGUGUGGCUGUAUGUGGUUAGUGUAUGUGUGGUAUGUGUGAUGUGUGUGUCUGUCUGUCUGUGUGGUGAUUCCCGUCAUUGUUCCCAUUCUGUUCCCAGCACGUGUCUCCUCAGGUCACAGAGGUGCUGGACUCUCCCAGCCCCCAAGCACAGGGUCACAAAGAGGGGCCAGACUGUAGCCAUCAGGUGUGAUCCAAUUUCUGGUCAUGCUGGCCUUUUCUGGUACCGACAGAUCCGGGGGCAGGGCCUGGUGCUCCUGACUUAUUUCCAGAAUAAAGAUGAAGCAGACAAAUCGGGGAUGCCUAAGGAUUGGUUCUCAGUGGAGAAGCCUGAUGGAUCAUCUUCCACGCUGAGGAUCCAGGCUGUGGAACCAGGGGACUUGGCCGUGUACCUCUGUGCCAGCAGCUUAGCCACAGCGUGGCAUGGCCACCUCCUUCCUUCAGAGCGCCCUGGGCCUGGGACCCUGGGGGAAGGCUACCCAAAUGUCCAUUGGAGAAGGGGCUCUGAGGAAGAGGAGGAUUAG